AGUGUCUGGGGUGCUGGCAAGGGUCCAAUAAGAGAAGGGUAUGGGGGGGGGGAAAGUUUCGGCUCAAAAUAUUAUUAUUUUGUGUGAGAGAGCUGAGUGCUUUGAUCUUAAACUUGAUUAUCUCUUUCUUUUACAACUGAUGGUUAGACCCUGAGAACAUUGAUCUUAGUGCUAAUUCAAACCUGGUUCAACUAACAGUAAAAUCUUUAAAGUGAAAAUUAAAAUAUAGUGUGGGAUAUGUCGUCUUUAGAGGUUGGAGGGAUGAGACUGCUAUUCUGUUUUGGUUGUCUCAUACUUCUUAAACUUUGUGAAACAUGGAUAUUUUCUUCAGGGUUGGAUAUACCUACAAAUCCAGGUUACAAGAUACCCCGUCCUAUAGUCAGUCAUCCUAGAUGUGAUGCUUGUAGAUUUAUUGGUCUAAUGAUAGAUUCUAACCUUAGAUCAGCGGAUGACAGGUUGGAUGGUGAGGAUGAUGAGCUUGGUGAGGAUGAGGUUGCAGCUAUUGCAGAGGAUAUAUGUUCAACACAAACAUACAGGAGUGUUGAGUUGAUAGAAUGGAACGGAGAAUAUAGAUUGAGUUUACCUAUCCUGGAAACCUGGAAGCAAGGAAAACCUGCUCAAUCAGAGAAGGAUUGGACAGAUAGGGUUUCUUCACACUGCAGGUUCCUACUGGAUAAAAUGAAGGGAUUGGAACUAUAUGAUCUCUGGUUGAGAGCUGGACACAGGCAUCCUGCUUCGUGGAUAGAAUUUAUGUGUGAGGGUGAGGGUGUGUUUGGAGACUGUAUACAGGACGAUGACGGAACAGACUGGCCUUGGGAGAUGCACAGACAGAAAAUUUCUAAGGAGAGAUCUCUUCCUCUUGAAGAUAAUGUUGUGAGAUUGAGCAGCAGACAAGAAUAUUUCUAAUAUUCAUAAGAAACAAAUAUUUGAUAAGUUUUUCUAUGUAGAUCAAAUUACAGAUAAUCUGUAUAUCUGAUCGUUUAUGUUUAUUUGACUCUUUAAAGUCAUAACUUGAGUCUAAAAGGUGUCUUUCUGUUCCAGAGUUGUCUGGUUCUCAAUGUACGAUGGUUCAA